AACAAACUUUGUAUAAAAGGGACCAAGUCAACUAGAAAAGUGUGGCUUUUAGCAAGUGUCUCUUAAAAGAGUGAAACUCCUGCUGUGUCUCCAAGAUUUGUUACAUCAGAAUGGAUCUGCCUAUGGCUGUUUUAGUAAGUCUGCUGGUUGCAUCAGUGGUGAUCGCUUCACCUGUAACUAAAGGAAAACACCAGGGAACCUCGUGGAUGCAGUGCAAAACCUCAAGGGACUGCGAGAUGGACGAGUGUUGUGUUGCGCUGAUGAAGUCAGAGGUAAAAGUCUGCAAAAGACGACCGCAACUUGGAAAUCACUGUACUCCUACAAUUAUGCCAGGAAUUGACGGUCGGUGUCCAUGCUCGUCCGGUCUGACAUGCGCACUAACAUUCAUGGACAACAUGGGCCUCAGAGACAAAUACCAGUGCGUACUAGUGCCAGACUCCGACCGAGAGUUCGAGAAACGACGACAAUAACGCAUAGAAGUAACACAGCAAGUUCUUCUUCUUAAUAAUCAAGUUAAAAUGACUGGUGCUUUUAGCUAAUUCGCAUUUACAGGCUCGUGGCAAAACGUAUUCAUUGCUGCCAAGUGUGUUUUGUUGUUGCCGCAGCUAUUUGAAAAUUCAGCUUUUCUUAGCCGCUAUCUCGUUAAAUCUGAUUAAGUAACUAGUUUAUUGUAGUGUUUUCUGUUUGAAUUUUCACAGCUUUGAUUAUUUAACAGAGGCUUUAGUCUUUCUUUCUCUAUCUUUCUUUCUUAAUCUAAACGCUUGAGAGUGUUAUGUUAACUUCUCUUUACUCUGUAUUUUAUUUAUAGAUGUUUUUAGGGUGAUAAUUUAACGCAGUAGUAUUUACUAUAAUGAUUUUAACUUUAAGGGUAAAUAUUUAAGUAUAAGGGAUAGAAAAACUAAAAAAAGUUUUACAAUAGGGAUUGCUGAGUUUAAAAUUCGCACCUUCUGCAAAAGCUAGUCAAAUGUCGAGAAAAAUAAAGAUGUUAUGAGAAAAAUGCUUAUCGCAUUUUGCAAAAUAAAAGAAUGGAUAGACGGACUGAGAUUUAAAUAUUUAAAUUACUCUUGAAAUUUUUGUAAAAUGUUUGUUUGAAAUAAAAGAUAUGCUACUUUAAAA